UUUUUUUUUUAAUUUACAAUACAUUGUCACAGCAUAGAUACUAUUUCUCCAUGAGUAUUAUCAAGAUCCUUUCUUUUCUAUCUUCCCUAGUGUAAGAUCCUCCUGGAAGUUGUCCUUGAGGCAGGAAAGUUUGAGGUGCUACCUCCUUUGCUUUUCUUCUAGAACAAAACAAUCCACUAAACAGAGUAAAAUCAAUAAGGCUAGUAAUGUUUAGAAGCACAUUCAUCUUUUUGAAGCUCCCAGACAGGAUGAACCUUUCAGAUACAUACAUGUGUGAAGGAAUAAAACUGCUGCAUUCAUUUCAGUGGCUAAAAUGCAAGGAAAUCUGUGUGAUCUAAAUAUCCCACUUGAUUUCUUAUACUGGGGAUAAUGGAGUCUGAGUUUUUCCAAGAGAAGAGCGUGAAAUUCUACAUUCAGCAGCUUUUCUAACUGUGAAUUCAACACGAACACUUCCAAAAAAAUUUGGCUAUGCUUUUGAUUUAAAUUCUCCAUUUAGUAACUCUAGAUCCUGUAAUUAAAAUAUUAUCCUAUUGGUACGCUUUCUGUAUGUUCCAAAUAUUCUUGUUUCUGGUUCUCUUCAAAUAUAUCAAAAGAUGCCUCUCUUCAUGGUAAAAAUAUUUCUGAAUUUCAGCAUGGAAUAAACUGAAUUGUUGGCAGUGUGAUUAGAUUUCUAAUAAUUGCUUUUCUCUUUCAGGAAAGCAUAGAUUUGGGUGAGAUCAUGUUUUCGCUUUGUUAUUUGCCUACUGCUGGGAGAAUGACAUUAACAGUCAUCAAAUGCAGAAAUCUCAAAGCAAUGGAUAUAACUGGUGCAUCAGAUCCAUAUGUCAAAGUGUCACUGAUGUGUGAGGGUCGAAGACUGAAAAAGCGGAAAACAACCACAAAGAAGAAUACGCUCAAUCCAGUUUAUAACGAGGCCAUCAUCUUUGAUAUCCCUCCAGAGAAUGUGGACCAGGUCAGCCUCUCCAUUGCAGUGAUGGAUUAUGAUCGCGUAGGGCACAAUGAGGUCAUCGGAGUAUGUCGGACAGGAAUAGAUGCUGAAGGGCUUGGAAGAGAUCACUGGAAUGAAAUGUUGGCUUACCCACGUAAACCAAUAACCCACUGGCAUCCAUUGGUAGAGUUACCUGGCCGAGCAACCAGUUUUGAUAGCCAGGGAUCUUGUUCAUCACCAAAACCACCGCUUACACCCUAGGGAAUAAGAGUGGAUUCAUCAUGUUCAGUGUCCAGUGCUCCCAUGUAACUCACAUCUACAUAAACAGGUUUGGAUUCCACAAAUGAACUGCAUCCAUAUUUUUGUAUUAAAAUACAUUUUUUCCUAUUCUAAGUCCUAUAUUACAGUUUAUAAUAAUUUCUUACCAUAUGAAUGAAGUUGACUUGAGCCAAAUAUAAUCCUUUCUCAUAAAAAUUCACUCACCUGUUUUCUCUCUGGUAUAUAUCCGGUAUCAUAUCCAAUAUAUUCAAAUAGAUAUAGAAAUCAAAAAGAACACUCCCUAAAGCAAUUCAAAACCACUGCAGAUUUUGAUGCUUAAUUCUUCUGAGAGAGAGCAAAUAGUCAUAUAUGGCUCUUGUAGUAAAUCUCAUCUAAAUUGAACUAAAUUUUAUAUGACUUCUCAAGAUAACACUUCAAGAUGAACAUUGCAUGAAAAAGAAAGAAAUAAAGGAAGAAAGGAAGUGAGAGAGAAAUAGAGAAAGAGAUAGAAACAA